GCCUAUGUUUGUAUUCAUUAACGGCUUUAAUCACGCGCAAAUAGACGUACGUGUUGUUUUGAAUGAUAUCGCAUUUCUGACCAAGCCAAUCUGUUCUCGCCAGCCAAUUUUUGCCGAUGAGGAUGAUGGUGCAGUGCGGCGGCGACGUCGGCUUGCCGACCUGGACCCCGCCGGCCCCCAAGGAGGCGCAGGGCAAGAAGAUGAAGCAAAAAUGCGACUGCUGCCCUUACGGCUACCACAUCGAUUUGGAUUUCGUGCGUUUCUGCGAAGCGGUCAACACCAAGGCUUCAUCGGCGCCAAGCAGCAAGCUCAGGGAGCGCCGCAGACAACGACAGUCCAUGGAGGUGCUCCUCGGCAUCACCAGCCCCGUCGUCUGGCAGCUUGAGCAACAGGUGGAAUGUGAAAAUACAUUGGCAGAAGAAUUAGAGGAGAGAACCGUGGCUGAAAAGUUGAAAGACGUCGUGAAAGAGGUGAACAGCUCGUCUUCGGUCCUGUGCCGGGAUGCGUUGAACAAAGCUGUUUUGGACUUCGAGGAGACCUUGCAGUUGACAAAUAAAAAGCAGGAGGCUCUUCCUGAACUGCCUGAGGAAAAUCCAGUAUUUGCGAGUCCGCCUGGAUUGAGGGUGCGAAGAUCGCCGUCGACUGAAUCUCUAGUGAGCUGUUCCAGUGAUGAUGUGCCUUUAGAUAAUUACCAUGAAGUAGUAACUAGAAAGAGUCUGGAAUACGACACAAUCAGCAUUGGUAGUUCAGUGUCUGGAGUCAGUACUGGAGCGCUGCAGGUGGUUCGAGAACAAGUGGCUAAAAGUUUGGAGAAGAUGCGGGAAAUGGAGGAAAACCUGAAGCAUAUUCCAAUUUUGAAGAGCGAAGUGAACGUUCUGAAAGAGGAAAAGCGAGUGAUGCUUCUCCAAAUGCGAGCUGUUGAAGCCGAGAGGAACAAACUGGCCGCCUCCCUGGCCAGCAUGAAGCCGGAUCCGCCGCAUAAACCGAUCAAAGAAAUUGCAAAGGCGCAAAUCUCCAAAAGAGACAUCGGCGUGGACUGCGCCGUUCUGACCAGGGACGUGGGCGUGUCGCACCAAUACCCGAAAAUCCGCUCCUCGAGCACCCAGGCUGACUUGGCCGCCCCGGAGGUGAAGACAAUAGUCACUCCGCCUGCCGUCCCUCUAAGAACAAGCAGCAGGCUGUCCGUGGAAAGGCUGAAAAUCGAGUCUUUCACGCCGGAACCUGUUGUGACGCCUGAAAUAAAAAUCCCAGUACAAACGCGAGGGACAAACACUUCAGCCGCUUUCUCCAAGGAUUCGGAGACGUCCACCGAGUUGAAAAUGCAGCAAAUCUACACGGAGCGGCAGCUGGAGGAAAUGCUAGAGAGCCAUGAAAAGAAAAUCAGGCGUGGAGAAGAGGCGCUACGAGCCAAGCUCAAAGUGGACAAAUCAGUUGUGGCGAAGCCGCGAAUGAGUGAUAUAGGCGUGACCGCCGAGCCAAAGACAAAGAGCGUCGGAGUGUCGGACCACACUUUGAAACUCACCUGCGACGCGUGCAACACGCCGAAAAAGAAUGUCGGCGUGAGCACCGCGUCGCUCAUCCCCAAGCCCGACUACUUGAACCCGCAAGCCAUGGUUCGCAGCAAGUCCUCGGACCACUUCAACCUGCGACCAAAACUGCGGCCCAUGGCCAGCAAGCUCACCGACACCCUGGGCCUCAUUUGUCUGCAAGACUCGCACACAAACACUGCCAGAGUCAGAACUACUGACUCGUCUGUUCAUUGCAAGGCUGCAACAAAUGAUUUUGGCGUGUCAGUCAUGAUCGAGCCCGCAGUCACUGUGAAAGAAGUGCCCGCCGAAUGCAAAACCUGCGCUGCCAGAAAGUCACCGCCAACAAUUCCGAGGCCGGAGUCGGUGUCCCCGUUGCCCGCGGCUAGUCUUCCUUCUCAGAUUCCCCGACUGGCCUCUGGAAGGCGAUUUACCAGCCCGCCAACCAAACGGCCUUUCAACCGACAGGACACUUACACGAAGCUCAGUGUGGACAUCUCCAGUGAAACGAUCCCGGAGAACGGAUCUGAGUCUGAAAGCACAUCUCCAACGUCAGAGGUCAAGCUGGAAGGCCUAACGAGAAACAGGGUAGCGGUGUCGUCGACCAGCACAGAAGAACGCUCCGACGAUGAGGGCAACCAAAGCUACAACCCAGCAGCCGAGCCAAUUUACAUAAUCAGCCCUCAAAGGGUGCCUCGCAAUAAGGUGGAGCCGAGCAAGGAGAUGAGGGGAGCGAUGAAGGUGAUGAACGACUCGCUGAAAAGGUCGCCGCGCAGCGAGGUGCCCAGCCAGCUGAGGGCCGCCGUCAACAUCAUUCAGAGGGAGUGGUUCAAGGUUUCCAGCACGUCAACUGCCAAUCCUCUGGACGUGGAGGACUACCUGGACUGCUUUGAGGAUUAUUCGAGCGAGCUUUUGGAGCACAUCGUGAACAUGACGGACGACAGCGGCAACACUGCCAUGCACUACGCCGUGUCCAAUGGCAACUUCGAUGUUGUGUCCAUCCUGCUGGACUCAAAGGUGUGCAACGUCAACCAGUCCAACCAGGCUGGCUACACGAGCGUGAUGCUCGUGUCGCUGGCGGAGGUCAAGUCGGAGACGGACGCACAGGUUGUCCAGCGUCUCUUCCAGCUUUCAGACGUCAAUGUCCGCGCUAAGCAGCACGGACAAACGGCCUUGAUGCUGGCAGCCUCGCACGGCAAGUACUCGAUGGCGAGCAUGCUUCUGGCAGCUGGUGCCGACGUAAACAUCCAGGACGACGACGGUAGCACGGCCCUCAUGUGCGCGGCUGAGCACGGACACGUCGACAUGGUCAAGCUCAUUUUGUCGCAGACGGACAUUGACGCCGCCAUAACCGACCACGACGGAAGCACCGCGUUGAACAUCGCCAUGGAAGCCGGGCACAGGGACGUUGGAGUUCUGCUCUACGCGCACCAACACUUCAACUCGAGAAGCAGCUCGAGGACCAGCUCGCCGUACUCGACCCUGAAACGCAAAGGGAAGUAAGUCGAUAUUCGAUCCGCAAAGACAAUUUAUUCUUUAUAUCCCACGAGAGAGGAACUAAACUAUAUAAAAGACACUAACCUCAGUUUUUGUGACUCACUUUUUGCGUUCCUUGCCCGAUCGCUUUUUGGCGGGCAAUUUUCGGAAUUGCAAAUUUACCUCAGCUAAAGGAUUUUCAAGAUUUUGGCAAGUUGUCCUCUCUUUCACACCGGCCUAUAGUCGUGAUUUUAUCCCUGAACUCGAAUUAGAAACACAAACUGCUCAGAGAAUAAGAAUUAUUAAUAAUAUAAUAUCAAUCAAUCGCUGCCAAAAUCUACAAAAUCGUCUUCAUUCCAAACACAACUAUAUAUCAUUCUUACACAGUUUGCAUUUGAUAAAACAUCUCUGGUAAAAAGCGAAAAGAAAAAGUGCCUUGAAACCUUAACACAGGAAUAACUUUUAACUCGAAAGUGUAGCUAACCAAUGUUGAAGCAGAUUUAUAUGUACUUAAAAAAUGUAAUUUGUAGACAAUGUAUAACUGUUAAUGCGAUAAUGUUGCUAAUAAAUAGAUUUUAUGUCAAUCGA